AAGCCAGAGAGAAGCAAGUCUAAAUGGGGAUCUCAGUCACCAUCUACCAUGGGUGGAGGAUGGGGUGGGGUGCUCUGAGUUCUCUAAAGGGACAUCCACAUGGCCUGUCACCCAUCAUGGUAUGGCCCCUGUCAGGAGGACAGGUUGCUCAGGACCCGAGGAGUGUCUGGGGCUGCGGGAGGAGAGGAUGGGUGUGUUGGCGAGGGGAGGUGUUUCUGCACUGGGCAGAUUUCCUUCCAGUGCUGUGUGAGUGAGAAGUGUGUGUACACUGCUGCUGCUAGGAGCUGACAGGCAAGGUGGAAGCACUCCUCUUGACCCUUGGGGAUCUGGCUGGAGUCAGCGCUUCCUUUGGAGGGAUGGAUGGGGCAGCUAUCUGGACCCUUGGCCAGGGUUGGUGAACUGUCUGCCAUCCCACAGUUCAGCCCUCUAUAUCUGCCACCACAUGGAAGCUAGGAGCCAGGCUCUCAGAAGACAGCUGUGCCCACCUGGAAUCACUUGGCUGGCCCUGGCCUAUCUGCUCAGCUGCUUGCUUGCCUCCAGCAAGGCCAAGGUCUUCAGUCGCUGUGAGCUGGCCAAAGUGCUGAAUGACUUCGGUCUGGAUGGCUACCGCGGAUAUAACCUAGCUGACUGGGUCUGCCUUGCUUACUACACAAGCGGCUUCAAUACAGCUGCUGUGGACCACGAAGCUGAUGGAAGCACCAACAAUGGCAUCUUCCAGAUCAGCAGCCGGAAGUGGUGCAAGAAUCUCUCCCUGAAUGGCCCCAACAUUUGCCGGCUAUACUGCAGUGAUUUGUUGAACAAUGAUCUCAAGGAUUCUGUCAUCUGUGUCAUGAAGAUAGUUCAAGAGCCCCAGGGUAUGGGCUACUGGGAGGCCUGGAGGCAUCACUGCCAGGGCAGGGACCUCACCGACUGGGUGGAUGGCUGUGACUUCUAGGACCUUCUCUGGAUGGACCAAGUCGCACACAGCUGGCUGGGAAGUGUGGUUGUGUUC